GAUAGAUAAAGUCCCGUUCGACUUGCCGUAGUGUUGACACUGAAUCGCGUCAUGGUGGCACUGAGCGCUAAACAUGUAUAUUUUACAUACAAAAAACGACCCAAUUCUCUUGAAUUUAUUUGCUUAGCUUAUUUACCACUCGCAACCGUCUUAUCCACCACCAACCGACCCAAACAUACAUAAACAGUCUUUAAGGAAAACUAACUAGAGAGAUCGCAUGAAUGUGCUGCAGCUGUCAGCGAAUCUCACUCACUCACUCACGUCUGUCCGGACCGGACCACGCUGAUCUUUCACUUGAAUCAUGUCUGAAGAAGACCUUCGGCCGGUUCCGAAAGAGCGAGCCGUUCUGGAAAGUUUCUUCACCCAGCUCGGGACUUUCUGGUUUGACAGGGCGAAGGAUUACGUGGAGAAAGAGAAGGACGCCAGUAAGAGCGCAGGGGCCAUAUGGGCGUCAUUACUGGCCGCUCUCGCUCACCUGGCAGCUGCGGAGAAAGCUUACCACAACAUGACUUUUCUGGGACAGAAACUAGGUGGCCAGUCAUUCUUCAGCCGGAAGGACUCCUUCAGGUCUAUUUAUACAUCUUUGCACAAUGAACUGAAGAAGGUGGUCUCCACGGGUCGCCACACACCCGGGGCCUCCACUCUUAACCUGGAGGAUUUGCUGUCCCAUUUAUCCGAGCAGCUGUGUCAUUUCACACAGGCCAGGAUGGAGAUCGCAGACUUCUAUGAGAAGUUGCAUUCGUUGGGCAGCCAGAAGACUGUCGACUCUGAGGAGCUUGUGAGCACCCUGGAGACCAUUUUGCAGAAGUACAGUUCCAGAUUCCACCAUCCCAUCCUGAGCCGUCUAGAAAGCAGCUUUCAAGUAGAAGUGGAUGUUCUGACGCAGCUGUUGCGAUGCCAGGCACAAAUCUCAGAGUGGCAUUUCCUGCCGUCUCUUUUGAACCUCCACGGCGCCCAUUCCAAACUGCAGACCUGGGGUCAGGUGUUCGAACGCCAACGCGAGACCAGGAAACACCUGUUCGGCGGUCAAUCCCAGAAGGCCGUGCAGCCCCCACAUCUCUACUUGUGGCUGCAGCGUCUGCAGGCGGCACUCCUGGCCAAGUUCAGCUUUUACUUCCACGAGGCGCUCGGCCGGCAGACGUCGCAGUCCGAAAUGAAAGCCAUGACGGCGCGCACCUUCCCCGAUUACUUCGGCAAGAUCUCCGGCUUUAUCCGCAAACACGACGCUUUCAACGUCUCCUUGAUCUUUGAUAAUCAAGGAUCAGAAAGCUUCCAGGGACACGGCUACCACCAUCCACAUUCAUACCGCGAAGCCCCCAAAGGCGUGGACCAGUUCCCAGCCGUGGUGUCACUUCCUGGAGGAGAGAGGCCGGUUACGCACUGGCCUAAUGUUAUCAUGAUCAUGAGCGACCGCUCGACGGACCUCAACACUCUGGAUAAGGUGGUCCAUUUCUAUGACGAUAAAGUCCAAAGUACCUACUUUCUUACCCGGCCUGAACCCCACUUCACUGUAGUGGUGAUCUUCGAUGGAAAGAAAUCAGAGAGAGACUCUAACAUUGUGGCAUUCCUGCAGGAACUAACCGGAUCGCUAAGAAACUCCAAACCUUUCACAACACUUAAACCAGGCUCCAAGGGCUGAACUGUCGCUCACGCUCUCAGUCGUUUUAAGAACCCGCACGUGUCAGUUUAUCACUCUUUGUGGACAUGAAAUGUUCUCGAAUAUUAAAGAGGUCCAAAAACAUCACGAGACAAACCAUUUCAGACCAAAGACAAAUAUCAGCUAUUAUUUUCAGCAUGUGCUCUUCUGAUGGUUAAAAUGAGUUUUCUGUUCGCAGUUGUGCAAAAGGGACCUGUUGGCAAGAAUUUUCUCUUUUUAUUGAUAGUUUACAAUGUGCAACAUUUUUAUUGCUUUGAUUUUAUCGAUUUCUCCAACUACUGUGAAGUUAAAGUGCUUACUAAAUAAAGUUUUCAGUUCUUUAAUGUUUUAUAAUUGCAUUGCAUUAAAACGAUAUUUGUAGACAAAGAAAUCUUUUUUCAAAAUAAAGCAAAUUUUUACCUCGACUUCAUCUGCCAAGUUGAGGUGCAUGAUGGGAAAAGUUGCCUUGUGGUAAAGGGGAGACUGUAUUCUGCUCACGCAACUGCAAACAACUCCCGUGUAAGCCGCAAAAGCAUCCUCGACUCUUCCUAAGUUUUUUAACAGCAAGAACCAAAGGUUGUUAUUAUUAGUACGGUUUCUGGGCUGCAGACUCGAGGGUCAUGUGAGUUUUGCUAUAUUUAAAAGACAAUGCUUGACUCACCGUGCAAUAUUGCAAAAUAUCGAUUUGCGGCAUAUUCUGGGCCAGGACCACCUACUUAGACAGGAAUUGAUUGACAUCUAAAUUUGGUCUAUUGCCCCAUAAAGCAUAGGAUUAUCUAAAAAAAUAAAACAUUACCAUAAAACUUUGAAAAGGAAUAAAAAAAAGAUCAGUCCCUGAAAU